GCCGUCACUGGAGGUAAGGUCAUUUUGGCAUAUUUUCAAAAGUUUUGAUCGCAUGUGGGGCUUCUUCAUUUUGUGCUUACAGGCAAUGAUUAUUGUUGCAUGGAAUGGAUCUGGGAAUCCAAGUGCAAAUUUUAAUGGCGAUGUCUUCAAGAAGGUGCUGAGUGUGUUUAUAACAGCAGCCAUAUUGAAACUUGGACAAGCUACUCUGGAUGUGAUUCUCAGUUGGAAAGAGAGAGAGGGAGAACUUGAAAAGAGAGAGCUCACCACCAUUUCUUCCUUCCUCUUUCCCCUGUUCUGCUUCUACAUUCCUAGGUGUGUGGCACUUAUUAGAAGCUUCUCCAUGACCAUGAGAAAGGAACUGAAUGAACAUGAUGGAGUUUGUAAUUUGUAGCUUACAUUUUGGAGAUUUAUAAUUUCUUGUUUUUCUUGUCCUAUAUA